AUGCAUGGAAACUGGAGAAAACAAAAGAAUGAUCUACAUGAUGGAUGGUAUGAUGGACAAUACGAAUCACGACAUCUAUCAAUUGAUUUCAUUCAGGGUUCAUUUUUAGUUGAUGAUGCGACGAUUGGAUUUUUACCAGCAAACAUCACAACAAAUCCAUUAUUUGUCCGUGUAUUCGGUUCACAUGUUUUCGAAGUUCAAGCGGCCGAAUUACCACAUACUUAUAUCAGUAAACAUUUGUAUCAUGGUGCCGGCAGAGCUCUGUAUGAAUUUCAUGUAGAUGAAGACAAUAAACGCUUAACAAUCAAAGAACGUCAUGUAACGACCAACGAUAUAUAUCAAUUAAUUCCUCAUGAUUGUUUCAAAAGUGAGCUAGCUGAUACAUUUGUUUCCGAUCAUAGUCAUUGGUGGCAUGAGAAAAAGAAAAUAGUCGAAUUUCGACCAGUAGAAUUUCAAAAUAGCAAGUUCUUGGACAAUAAACCUUACGUAUUAGAAUUAGAUAAAGGAUUUAUACUGACCACUGAUAAGACGAAUCAACAGAUGCUCAUGAAUCAAUCAUCAUCAUUCUUUCGAAUCUUAUUCAACGAAUAUUUCAAUCGUCUUGAUAAUCAUUCUUCCAUCUACAUGAUGCGAGAAAGUGAUUCUCAAUCGAAUAUUAUUGUUCACAUUCAUUUACCUCGCCUGGGAAUUGCUUUCCAAUAUAAUAACAAAACGGAUCGAAUCACAUCUCGUGAAUAUUCGGAUAUGUGUAUCGCUAAAGAUCAAUGGUUUGGGACGUUAACGGGUUUAACAUCUGGUCUUCUUCUCUCCCCAUUAUCUGAUAAUAAUCAUUGCAUGGCGAAUUAUCCUUAUCGAAAGCUGAUUGUACCUUUCGGAAAAGUUUGUAGUUCGAUCACUCCCCCCAAUGAACACCAGACGGUUAUCAUCAGCCCAACUUCAACAUCGGGCGCAUUUUCCCGUGAUUAUUUUGUGUUCAUUUUAAAUGAUCGGCUAAAAGUUCUACAAUCAACCGGUAGCCCGACCGGUUGGCUCUACUUAGCAUUGUUACAUGCAAUGACUUCUCAUCCUCUUCCUGAUCAAUACACUGGAAUGACAGGAAUGGAACGUGCCUUUCAACUUCUAAAAUCUGCUGGUUGUUCUUCGGAUCAACCUUUCGACGAAACUUCGCUGAAUAUACUUGUUCAAAUCGCAUCGAUUACACCGAAAGUAGAGUACUAUCCAAAGAAUUCACAAUCUAUGGAAACCAUUCAUUGGAGUAAAAACGGUCCACCUUAUUCGAUGCAACACUUUGGUUAUUAUUUCCUAGCAAAAAAUAUAUAUGCUGCUAGCCAACAAUUUAAUUUUAUGUACUCAUCAUCCUCCAAAGCACAACUAACGAAGAUAUUUGAUGAAGAACAGUACAACGAACAACUGCUGAAAAAGCUUUAUUGGAAUUACCGAGACUCAUACAAUUCAACGGCGAAAUUACCUCAGGAGAUGGAAGAUAGCUUUGGAAAUCAUAUUGAUCCUGCGUCCCCACACCAAUCCACCACUGAACAAUGUUUACAUACGACCAGUUGUUUUCCUGUUGAUUUAGUCCAUGAUUUAUACAACAGUGGAAGUGUAGAGCUUGUUGAUCAAGUCAUACAGAAUUGGUUACCUCUAUCUCGGUGGCUAACAGAAGGACGUAAUCUGAGAAAUAUUUGGAUUGGCUUGCUAAGAUUAGCAGAUCGUCUCAAAACACAAGCAGCGGGAGCCAAUAUAGAUGAUAUUCAACGAUUCGAAUAUGUAUUAGAUUUUCUGCAUUAUAUUUCGAAGAAAUGUAACAUUAAUCCAUAUUAUUUACAACUAUUGAAGACACAACUCAAAGCAUGGAACAUAACCCUACAAUCGGUUACUUUUCCCCUGUUUACUACCUAUCAAAACAUCGAAGACAUCUCUGUUAAUGUGAAACACUUGAGUUUUUUAGGUCCAUACAAAAACAAGGACAAACAGAUAGUUAUAUCAGAAGUACAGGCUUACUUUAGCGGCUCUGGCAAUUCCUAUAACACACACAACAUAGUAACGCCGACGGAAAUGAAUAAUAUCCAUCAAUUGAUAAUGUCUUGGCGCAACAAUGCAAAACUUCGAUCAUUUUUAGAAAUUCUUCGAAAUCUUUUCCACUCUGUUCGAAUAGAAACAUUUGAUACGAAGGUGGCGUAUGUUUCACAACAAUUUGCAUGCGAAUCGUUUGUAGAUCACUAUCAAAUAAGACUAAAGCCGUCGAACAAAGCUAUGGAUGCAAAUCUAUUGUCAAAGGCAGACGCAAAAUUUCAUCAAACCUAUCAAGGCCAUUUCACGAAAACAGCACAAUCUUCGCGCAGUAUUAUCAGACAACAGGAACCGUUUCCUGAAGAAAUCUUUUUAUCUGUCAGUCAAAAAGACAAUCCUCUAACUGAAAUUGGCGAUUUUUUCAAAAACCAACUAUCUGAAAGUUGGAACAAAUUUCUGGCAGAUAAACCAGCUCAAUAUAAAGAUCCCUUGACCGAAGAACUUAUUGAAUUGCUUCGAUCAUUCACUGAAGAAUCCUUAGAAAGCUGGAAACUGUUAGAAGAAUCUUUGACGAAUUCAAAUGAGCAAUUAUUUCAGUCAGGUUUAACACUACGCAUUACACCGACAGCUCUUAUUCCACUUUUACAACAAAAUACCACUAUGGUUACGUUGAGUGCUGAACAACGUACAUUAUUCGGUGGUAUUCUUGUCAACUUGACUCUACAGCAACAAAUAGAACGAGCAUUACAUUUUGCUUACCUUAGGGAUGUCACAAUACCAUUUUCAGACACGUAA